AUGGUGCAUUAAAUAACUUCUAUUUUAUGUUACAAAAUUUAUGAAGAACUGAAGGUAUGAGAGCCAAUUGAGCAUUACCAAUAUAAUGGAAUUUUCUUUCAUAUGUAGGAAAAGGAGCUGACAUUAAUAUAAGGAGGAAAGAUUAUGUAUUUUUGCCUGAAUUAUCAGGAUAAUUAAGUCAAUCAAUUAUUUCACUUUGCUGUAGAAGAUGAGGGAAAAGUGACCAAGCUUCUUUAAUAAUUCCAAAACUCUAAUGAUUAGGUAAGAGUUAGAAAAGACUCAUUGCCCAUUCAACUGGAGUGGAAACAUCAUUCAUCAAGUUAUGGUGUUGGCCUAUGGCAUCUGCCGUGUAUAUUGACAGCGUGACUUAGACAUAAUGCAGUUGUAAGAGUUGACUAAAAUUUUCCCUACUAACUUGAGAGAAACACAUUAGCACAGUAUUCUCUUGAUCAAAUUAGUAGAAAACAGACUUAUUUCCAGAAAUGAAUGGAAAAUAACCAACAAAUAUAUCCACUGGAAACUGCAUUCUCUUGAACUCUUCACAAGGUUCUUUUAUGAGGCCAGCCAAGCGAACAACAGAACCAACAAAGUAGGACAAACAACAAGUUAAGCAAGGGCUUGGAACGUUUGCAUUUGACAUCCUGGACUCCUGUCAGUGUAGACACUGCGCCAGGCAUUGUCUCUUUAAAGCACUUAGAAACUUAGCAUAUCAAAGAAGGAGUAUGAUGGAUUAAAGCAGCCUAUAAUAUGUCAGGGAGCACCAGUCCUUCCAAUACUUCUACAGUGUUUUCAGCCUAGAACACAUGGACAUUUUAAACCCUUUGUGGUUAUAUGAAUAAAAAUAAAGACUCUGGAUAAACAUUAAAAAAAAAAAACUUUAUGCAGCAGCCAUACCCACAGAAUUCCUUUGAUGAUACCAUAGCUUGCUAGCUGAUAGAUGUGGUUUUCUUGGAAGCAGGUAAUGGAGAGGCAGGUUUGCAUAUAGAGAAAUAGACAAAAAGAAUAGAUGAUAUUAGUCUAAAAAUUGAAAUGAUUUUUUAAAAAUAAUGGAUUUAAUACAUUAAAAUAUCUUUAUCUUUACUAUGAAGUCAUGAUUUAUAUAGCUUACACUGUUAGAAUAUGUUGGCUAUAUUUUUUAAAGCAGAAUUCUGGGAAUAUUCCCUUAUAUGUCAUUCAAUCAUUCUUUAACUGUAAUAAAAACCAACUGCUUCUUUAAUAGGUGCAUCUACACAUCUUGCUAGAAAUUUCCAAUUAUGAUUUUCCCAGUAGCAAACAAAAACAAAAUUAAUGGCAGCUACAUCCCCCAAAGCCUAAGCCAUAUUAGUAAUGAACUCUCAAAGAAAGCUGUUGAUGCAAAAAAUAAUAAGGUGGAAAUUACUGUAAUAAUCCAAAUGUAGAAAUAAAGGAAAGAAUUAUCAAAAUGCAGACAGCAGUUUUCCUGCCAUGAUCCCAUUAACUGUUAAAAUAGCCUGUGCACAGUAGUAUUUCGACAUUACUGAGAUCUUUGAACUACAUAAAAUCCAUAUAUUUUUAACUGCAUUCUUUAAUUAAAUUGGCUUAUAUUGGACAGAAAUUACUCUUAUUAUCGUAUAACCACACCACGCCCUAGCUUAGAUUUUAACAAGCUAGUUUGUUUUAAUGAAAGUGCUUGGUUGCGUUGAAAUGGGAAAUUGUGAUCACACUUGUGGUGAUCUUAAUCUAAAGUAAGUCACAGAAACAUGUUUUUUGCGUUACUGGAAUAAGAUAUGUGAUCCUUUGUCUUCACUGAAGAAGCUUUAUAGCUUUUCCAAAUAGUGACUAAAUUUUAAUGUUUAGGGCCAUGCAAGUAGGCAGACUAACCUAGAUGGGCUUUGAUAGGAAAUAGGGAUUUAGUAGCAGGUAGUCUUAAUUACUAUUGGCAAAAUGCCUUAAUUUACAUUUCUAAGAGUCCAGAAGACUUAAAUAUAAGAUGCAAAAUGGCUUUAAUCUACUUACUGUUAAUUCUGAAAUCGUCACAUAAAAUCUAAAAACAGACUGUGGAGUCUGAGAAACUUUGAUUCAUCUGCAAAUCCAUCAUAUUCUAGGCAAUUUACUUAACGUCUGAUGGCCUCCAUUUCCUCUGUGAAAUGGGGAUUAUAAAUAAGCACCUGAUAGGGUUGCCUUGACAAUUUAAUGAUAGACCAUAUCUAAAGUUUCUCAAAUGGCUGGAUAUAACAGCCAUUCAAUAAAGGUUCCCCAUCCCUCACCCAUGUCUAUAUAUAUCUACUAUUUGCUUUAUGUUUUAAGUGCUGAGGCAAAAAUAAGAUUGAAUAAUUAAGGCAAUGAGCAUUCUUGAGAUAUAAUUAGUAUGUAUUAUAUUAUUAUAAUAUAUUCUUGCAAUAUAAUUAGUAUAUCGUGUAUAGCAAAGAGCCAUAAUACUAAGUAAUGAUAAUAAUAGUACCCAUUGAAGACUUACUUUUGUGUCAGGCACUAUGUUUUACAUGCAUUUAAUUGCAUUUAAUUUCAGAUCAGUUCUGCGAUUUAGGCAUUAUUGUCAUCAUCCUCAUCCCCAUUUUACAGAUGAAAUACUGAGGCUUAGAAAGACUGAUUGCCCAAGUACCAUCUAACACCAAUCUUGGUCCGCUAACUCUUAAUUCCAUUGACUAGGUGCUUUGACUGGUUGGGAUUGGUGAAGAAAACAAGGAAGAUGGUAAUAUCCCUGUCUUAGCUUAGAGAGACGGUGUAUCAAAAAAAGUUACAAGCAAGGGCCCUACACCUGCGCUGUCCAGUAUGGUAGCUACUAACCACAUGGAGCUAUUAAGGGCUUGAAAUGUGGCUCUCAUCUGGGUGCAGUCCUUGCUCUACUACUUACUAGCUUUGCCUAUAGCAACUUACUUACCCUCUGUGCCUUUCAUCUGAAAAUGGGGAUAAUAGCACCUACUUCAUAGGGCCAUUGUGAAAUAAGGGAAUUGAUAUAUACAUAAUAGGCUUAGUGUCACCAGUCCAUAAGAAGCUCUCUCUAUAUGCUUGAAAGAGGAAAAUCAGCAAGACUUAGUGGUCUACCUGAUUGUAGAGGUCAAGAAAGAGGAGGUGUCAUAGUAAGUCCAAGUUAGGAACUUAGGUGAUUAGAAAGACUACUCACAAUGCCAUAAGAAAUGUGAAAAAGUUCUCCGGAGUCAACUCUUGCUCUUUGCAAACUUAUGUUUGCUAAACAACUCCAUUUACAUAUGAAAGUUUUCAUCCAUAAUCAAAGGGACACAGAAGACAACCACAAUAUAUGAGAGAGCUGUUCCUUACAUGGUCCUGGCACAUCCACAAACCUAGCUUUUGCCUUUCGACUCCCACCCAUACUUAAACACCAGGCUUACUGGCCCUGAGUGACUUGCUGAGUGACUUGUGGUUGGAGUCAAUUUAUUGCAGCAUCAUUUCUAAUAGCAAAAGAUGAUAACCUAAACCUCCAUCACUAGGAGGCUGGUCGCAUUCAUCUAACAGAUCCUUAAGGCAGCUGAAUGAAGAGAAAGGUUUUAUAUACGAAUAUGGAACUGUUCACAAUGUGUACUUCUAAGAAGAAAAGAAAGGAUUGCCCCCUGCGGGUCACUUUCUCAGUCAUUUUGAGCUCAGCCUAAUCAAAGACUGAGGUUAUGAAGUCGAUCCUAGAUGGCCUUGCAGAUACCACCUUCCGCACCAUCACCACUGACCUCCUGUACGUGGGCUCAAAUGACAUUCAGUACGAAGACAUCAAAGGUGACAUGGCAUCCAAAUUAGGGUACUUCCCACAGAAAUUCCCUUUAACUUCCUUUAGGGGAAGUCCCUUCCAAGAGAAGAUGACUGCGGGAGACAAUCCCCAGCUAGUCCCAGCAGACCAGGUGAACAUUACAGAAUUUUACAACAAGUCUCUCUCGUCCUUCAAGGAGAAUGAGGAGAACAUCCAGUGUGGGGAGAACUUCAUGGACAUAGAGUGCUUCAUGGUCCUGAACCCCAGCCAGCAGCUGGCCAUUGCAGUCCUGUCCCUCACGCUGGGCACCUUCACGGUCCUGGAGAACCUCCUGGUGCUGUGCGUCAUCCUCCACUCCCGCAGCCUCCGCUGCAGGCCUUCCUACCACUUCAUCGGCAGCCUGGCGGUGGCAGACCUCCUGGGGAGCGUCAUUUUUGUCUACAGCUUCAUUGACUUCCACGUGUUCCACCGCAAAGAUAGCCGCAACGUGUUUCUAUUCAAACUGGGUGGGGUCACGGCCUCCUUCACUGCCUCUGUGGGCAGCCUGUUCCUCACGGCCAUUGACAGGUACAUAUCCAUUCACAGGCCCCUGGCCUAUAAGAGGAUUGUCACCAGGCCCAAGGCCGUGGUGGCGUUUUGCCUGAUGUGGACCAUAGCCAUUGUGAUCGCCGUGCUGCCUCUCCUCGGCUGGAACUGCGAGAAACUGCAGUCCGUUUGCUCAGACAUUUUCCCACACAUUGAUGAAACCUACCUGAUGUUCUGGAUCGGGGUCACCAGCGUGCUGCUUCUGUUCAUCGUGUAUGCGUACAUGUACAUUCUCUGGAAGGCUCACAGCCACGCCGUCCGCAUGAUUCAGCGUGGCACCCAGAAGAGCAUCAUCAUCCACACGUCUGAGGAUGGGAAGGUACAGGUGACCCGGCCAGACCAAGCCCGCAUGGACAUUAGGUUAGCCAAGACCCUGGUCCUGAUCCUGGUGGUGUUGAUCAUCUGCUGGGGCCCUCUGCUUGCAAUCAUGGUGUAUGAUGUCUUUGGGAAGAUGAACAAGCUCAUUAAGACGGUGUUUGCAUUCUGCAGUAUGCUCUGCCUGCUGAACUCCACCGUGAACCCCAUCAUCUAUGCUCUGAGGAGUAAGGACCUGCGACACGCUUUCCGGAGCAUGUUUCCCUCUUGUGAAGGCACCGCGCAGCCUCUGGAUAACAGCAUGGGGGACUCGGACUGCCUGCACAAACACACAAACAACGCAGCCAGUGUUCACAGGGCCGCAGAAAGCUGCAUCAAGAGCACCGUCAAGAUUGCCAAGGUAACCAUGUCUGUGUCCACAGACACGUCUGCCGAGGCUCUGUGAGCCUGAUGCCUCCCUGGCAGCACAGGAAAAGAUUUUUUUUUUUUAAGCUCAAAAUCUAGAAGAGUCUGUUGUCUCCUCGGUUAUAUUUUUUUAAGUUUACCAUGCUCAGUGAAAAGGUGAUUGUCACCAUGAUCACUUAUCAGUUUGCUAAUGUUUCCAUAGUUUAGGUACUCAAACUCCAUUCUCUAGGGGUUUACAGUGAAGAAAGCCUGUUGCUUAGGUGACUGAACCAUCCUUCAAAGUCUCAACGAAAUAGGAGGGAAACCUUUGGCUACACAAUUGGAAGUCUAAGAACCCAUCGAAAAAUGCCAUCAAAUGAAUAAUGCCUUUGUAACCACAACUUUCACUAUAAUGUGAAAUGUAACUGUCCGUAGUAUCAGAGAUGUCCAUUUUUACAAGUUAUAGUACUAGAGAUAUUUUGUAAAAUGUAUUAUGUCCUGUGAGAUGUGUAUCAGUGUUUAUGUGCUAUAAAUAUUUGUUUAAUUAGCAAAACUGAAAAGUAGACUCUUACGAGAACAAUGAACAAGCAGUGGAUACAUGUCAAUGAGUGCACUUUUUUUCUGUAUUAUUGCCCAUAAUAUAACUAGAAAUAAACCUUAGUAUUUCUUCAAAUAUCUCUUUAAUUUUGACACUGAAAUAACCAUAAAGAUUUAUUUUUCUGUUACCUCAACAAGAAGAAUUUGAAGACUUCAAAAUAUUGAGCAGAAUUCAUUCAUACUUAAAAGUUUAUUAGCCCUGCAUUUUCAUAGGAAGACACAUUAUCUUCUGGACCCUAGCUGUUCUAAUGGAUUAUAAUCAGAAUGGAAGAGAGAAAGCAUAUUGACUUUUUCUGAGCGACAUCUCUGACUUUCUUUAGUCUUUAGCUAUUACUGGAUCUCUUAAGACAGCAUGUGUUAAUCUUAAUGUAUAUUGUUAUCACUGUGCAGUUGCUGUUUACUUGAAUACUAUUGUGUUCCUAUAUUCCAGGUUUAAGUAGAUUUCAUGCCUGGGUGGCCAAACAACAGUCUUCAUUUUUUUUAAUCGAAAAGAAGUUGUGUCUGGAUCAGUAAAAUUAUACAGUGUGUGAGUGUGAAUAUAAAUGUGUGUAUGUGUGUUUCUGUCCUGUAACUGUUACAGUAAUGUCAUAAAGUGAGAAAACUGUGACCAAGUAUAAACUAUUACCACUUGCUGCCCUCUUGCACAUGGAUUCUGUUUCUAAAAUUGAGUUCUUCCUGUAAUCUUGUUGAUAAAAAUACUGACUCCAACCAUUCAAAAAUUUCACCCCAUCCCUCCUUAAGAGAUUGGAUCAAGUAUUACUAAAUUGACCUUUAGGUAUUACAUAAGACCAGUGUUUAGCAAGAAAUAAUGACAGACAUCCAAGUAAGGGAUGUAUUUAUAGUGUUAUUGCCGGGAAAGGAGAGUACUUUGGUUUCUGAGCACCGAAUAUUGAGCAAGAUGUCAGUCACUAAAAGGAAGACUUGUACAGAAAAGCAAAUGGUAGCAUUUUUCAAUAGCGUGUGUAGGUAGUAUGCACUAUAUGCAUCACGUUAAAGUAGGACUAUCACACCCAGCCCAUGUGGCUAAAAAAGCUGAAUCAGACAGUGGAUGAGACACAAAACGGCAGUGAAGAGCCGACACACUUGGCACUGACGUCUAGAUAUGCUGCAUCUGUGCUUUGCCCACAUGCCCUUGGUGACAGCUGAGCACCCAGCUCUGUCUUGGUAGGUUUGGUCUAAGGAACAGACCUCUUCUUUGCUCGUGGUUAGCAAGAUACACUCAAGCAUGAAGAUAAACACAGCUGCUUUCUUCUUACACCCUGGUCUCAUACUCCUUCAUGGCGCCAUGGGUGCUCAUUGUUGGGCCUUUUUCCAGUAAGGAAUGAUAAUUGCUGAAGAAUCUACUUAACCCUGACAAAUUUUAAUUAUAAUCUCUUCUUAUACAGAUAAAACAUGACUCCUACAAGGCCCCAAGGUCUACAUAGUCUGAAGUGAAGUAGAGAGCUGCAUCUGUCUGGUGAUUUCUAGCUCUCGAGAUACCCAAGCAGCCUGAUGGGGCAGUUCUCCUUCGGGCAGUUCACGCUCUAAGGCAGGGUGUGGCUUGUGAGAUACUUUGCAUUGUCUGUCUGCACACCUUGAAUCUGCCUGCUGGUUCCCUUACUUUACCUCUCUGUCAUGUGCAGAUGAAGGCUCAGGGUGCUAGAGGAUUAAUAAGAUCUCUUUCUAAAGAGAGGAGAGAUUAUUUACAAGAAGAACUCACCAGGGUCUAGUUUCCAUUUAAGAAUUGCCAGUGUUUUGUCCAGCAUCAUCUUGAAUAUUAAUCCACAUGUUUCAGAGCUCACCAGGCAGUACCAAUGCUCUUUUCACAGCUAUGAAGAGCUAGUAGAGAUGAAAUUCUUGUUAUGGUAGAAAAAUUUCACGAUUCAUUUUUGAAACUGCAUUUGUGCGUAUGCAAUGUAGAUUUUAUAGUGUGUUGUGCUUUCAAGAUCUAAAUCAUAUAUAAUAAAUUAAGGGACAAUGGGGCUGACAGCACUAAACUUGGUGCUUAUUGAUAUUCUAAGAAAUAUCUGUGAAAUAUCAUCACGUAUGUUAUACAACCUUCAUUUAAAAAGGUUUAAAACUAGUUAGAUUCACUUUGACACUUUUCAUAUCAUUUCUUAACCCAAGUGACGAAAACGUUGUCCCCAAUGAAUAUACUCAUUAGAAUUACCAUUUGUUAAUAUCACUCAUUAGCCCCAUAAUUAGAUCCAUUAAUUUAAAUAUGAUUUAAAUUUAAGUAAGUUUUAUAAGGUCUGACAUCAGAGGUAUCUUACUUUCCUCUGAGGAUGAUGUACUUGCCCUGACCAUGCAUUUUACCAUCACACAUGUCUUCAGAAAGGGCCAAAUUCCCAACCUGCUCAUUUUUUUUUUAUCAGAGUCAUGAUGAAUCAGUCCUAGAAUGUUUCAUUUGGACAAGUAGGGCUGCCUCCAAGAGGAACCUCUGAUUUAUUUUGUAUGAAAUAUAUGUGAAAGAAUAUUAAUCUGAGAGAUGCUGUAGACAUCUGUCCUACACUUGAGAUGAUUUCCAAGCCUCUCUGGCACUUUAAGUUAAGUCUAUCUGGUAUUAAAUGCCAAGGACCUUUUGCUGCCUAAAUCCACUCUGCAGGAAAUAGGCCCAACCACCAGAUGAGAAUUAGGCCCUGGAUAAGUAGCGCUCUAGUUACUGUCCUGUUGAUUAAUUUCUGCCAUUUCAUGUCCAUAAAAGAGACCACCCAUAUCAUGCACACAAUUAGAUUUCUCACACUCUAGCUGUAUAUUUGUAUGAUAUUUUAAAAUCUCCUAAAUGCUGGGCAAUGGCUAUUAACAAUUAAUUGUCUUGCACUGGCCUUCUGAUGAAAUGUUAACAAUGCCUAUUGUAAUAUAGAAAAAAACAUUCUAUCUACUGAUUUGGGCUAAAUGUAUGUAAAUAGGUUUCUAAAAAGUCAGAUGUUUGAGCAGUGGCCUACAAAUCAGUAAUUUUCAGAUGGGAGAGUUUCUUUACAUUGCCGUGGCAUCUUAAAAGCUAUCUUCAGGUAAAUUGACUGUACUAGGCCUACUGGGGAUCAGAGUUCCCAAGAAAGGAAACCUUUUCUUGUAUCUGGAUUCAAAUUUAUUUCCAAUGUUUCAAGUGGAAAACAUGACUCUUUAUUGUCUGUAAAUCUAACAUUAUUACUUUUCCUCUUAGAAGAAUAUUGUAUUGUUAGAUGUUUGUUAAGCUGGUGACAUCGUUGCAACUGCUGCAAUAUCUUCGUUAGUAAUCUGUAUAAUGCUUUGUAUACAAGUACUGGUAAGAUUGUUAUUAAAUGUAGCUUCAGUCAUUAAAUUACUAUAGCAAAGUAGUACUUCUUCUGUAAUAUUUACAAUGUAUUAAGCCCACAGUAUAUUUUAUUUCAAUGAUGUAAUUAAACUGUUACUUAUUCAAAGAGAAAACAUCUCAUCAUGUCUAUUGUCCAAAGUUACCUGGAAUCAAAUAAAAAUUCUAGAUUACCAUGAAGAACAUAAAA